UGAACACCUGUCGACCCAUUCCCUCUGAACUUCGGCAAUCAGCAAUCGGCGGCACAGGCAGCGGCACCGACAGCUCGGCGAAGAAGGUCCUGAGCGCAUAUCAGGAUGGAAGUGCGACUGUUUUUGUAUAAGAAUGAAGCUGGCUCACAGGGACGAGUACUGCCGAUGAAGAAGUCGGAUAGUCUCGCCAAGCUGAAAGCCGCAGCAAGCAAGAAGCUCAACAUUCGUGCAAAGCGGCUUUUUCUCGCGUCCGGUGCAGAAGUCCAGAGUGUCGACGAAUUGCAGAACAACGAUCAUGUGUACGUGUCGUGCGGUGAAGCGUUCUACCGAUCUCUCCCCGCAUCGUCGUCGUCGGCAGCAGGAUCGUCUGGCCAAGAAACGUUUCACGUGUCGGUUUUGGGGAGCGGCGGCGUGGGCAAGUCGGCGCUGACCCUGCGCUUUGUGAAGGACUACUUUGUACAGGACUGGGACCCCACGAUCGAAGACGCGUACAGAAAAACGAUGGAGGUGUCGAAUCGACUAUGCAUGCUCGAGAUCCUCGACACGGCGGGCCAAGACGACUUUGAAUCGCUGCGACCGCAGUGGAUGAUGGGCAAGGACGGAUACAUCUUCGUGUACGCGAUGGACUCGCGCACGAGUCUGCACGAACUGCAUGCGUUCUUUGAGCUACACCUACAGAUCAACGAGACAAAGAAGUCGUUGCCCCCGAUCGUUGUCGUGGCCAACAAAAAAGACCUGGUCGAACAGGACCCGUCCAAGUGCCAAGUCACGAGCGAGGAAGGGCGGCGAGUGGCGAAGUCGUACAACGCCGUAUAUAUUGAAACCAGCGCGCUCACGGGCACCAACGUGAACGCAGUUUUUGAGCAGUUCGUCGUCGAGGCGCGGCAUCGACGGGGCCCAGUCAAGGCGUCGUCGUCGAGCUUCUUCAAGUCGUGCGCCAUUUUGUAAGACCGUAGACACAUCCAAAGAGAACGUCCCAUGUAGAAUGGUGUUGUC